AUGGGUGACGGGGCAGGGCGCAAGUACGAAGGGCUUCCUGCCGGUUGGUGUCAAGGAAAGAUCUGCAAGACUGGAGAACGGCGUGAAGUAAUGAUGUCGCACAAGGAAGACCUGCAGCGAACAUAUGGCAACACGUCGCGUGACAUUGUGAAGUCGAGGAACGGUUAUUGUCGUGUUGAGCAGCUGGUCAUUUGGACUCCGCAGCGGCGCGGUUGCCAAGACUGCCAUCGUGUGUGA